CGACGAUCUAAACGGCGUGUCGUUGGUGUGAGAAAGACGGAGGAGGAGGAGGUGUCUUGCGACGCAGAAAUCCAUCUUGAAAAGAAGUGAAGAUCAGCUGAACCUUCUGUUAAAUAAUUCACGCUGCUGCGAUAAGCAAACGCCGUCGUCGAUGUAUUUGGCUGAAAUUUAUAACAAAGACAGCUUUAAACCCCACCAAGAACCUCUCUCUCUUACAAAUUCCAAACAUGGCCCUCGACCUUGAUUCUUUUCUGGGUUCGCACCUGUCCAGCGACGACAACGACGACGACGAAGACGACAGUGCCCUCAAUUCAGUUCCCCACCGUACUGUCGACGAAAUUCUCAACGACUCCGAUUCUUCCACGUCAUCGUCUCCCCCUCCAUCCCCACCCUCUACUCUCCACCGUCUCUCCCUUGAUCCCAGACCUCAAUCCUCCAACGACGCCGUUUCGGUUUCUUCCUUGAAACUCUCGUCGCAGCCUCCGGUUGAUGACGGCACUCGCCAAUCUACUGAUGGGCAUAAAACGACCCAAUUGGACGAAAGGCUGGUUCGACCGAGACCCAGUUCGUUUACUCGGUUUAAGUCCGGUGACUUUUCCGACGAUCCAUCCCGGCGGCCUUCGAGGCCCUUUCCUUCGUUAUUUGGAGGUGUCAGAUCCAAUGCGAAGCCUGGGGCGGCGCUCGCGGCGGCAGUGGCGGCCUCGAGGUCCAUGCCGACCCCACAUGCCGCUGCGAUUAAGUCGAGGAUGAGUGCAGGGAGUGAGCGUUUGCAGAAAGUUCUAGACGGUGGCGAAUUGAGUUCCACUGCUGGUUAUGACUUAGAGACCGCUUCUGAUGAAUUGGGUUCUAAUUCAAACGGUGAUUUGAAUGCAGUUGGUUCGGAAGUCAGUCAGUCCGAUGAAAAGUUACUGGACGAUAGCAAUAAUGAUGAGAAAGCUGGUGAUUUGCAAACUGCUGCGAACGCUGGUGAUGGGUUUUUGGGAAGAGAUGUUAGUUCUGAGAUUUCCCAUGAGAGCGGUGGAGAUUUUUGUAAUAAAGAAAUCAAGAACGAAGCAGAACACGCUUCCAAACUCGAUAAGAAAAUGGUUGAUGAUGUCGCCGAAGAGUUUUUGGGUGCUAAUGCGACACCGCAGAUUUCUACUUCGUCGGAUGUGAGAGAGGAUAUCAAUUUUGUUGAGAAGUCUUCUAUUUCAAAUACAGACGAUGUUGAGAAUACAAAUGCUGGGCCUAGUGCAUCAGUGAUGGAUAAAAAUUCGAUUCUUUUGGAUGCCCAUGAUAGCAAUGGAGGAGGUUCUUUUUCUUCUUUGCAUGACGCUGAUGAUAAUGAAAAGGUUGAUAAUGAAAACAUUGCAACCUUGGAGUCAGAAACAGGAAAUGCAGGGAAUAGCAUUCAGUCUUCGGGAGAUAAUGAUGAGGGGGUUGAUGGCUAUGAUGCUAGUUCAUUGAGUGAUAUUAAUGAACUUGUGGAAGAGAGAAUUGGGCAAUUGGAAAGCAGGAGGAUUAAUAGAAAAGAGGAAAAGAAGUCACGGUCCCCCAUGAAGCCACUGGAAUUAGCUGAAGAACUAGAGAAGAAACAUGCUUCUUCUGGUUUGCACUGGGAAGAGGGCGCUGCUGCUCAACCAAUGAGGCUUGAGGGCGUUCGGAGGGGGUCUUCAACGUUGGGAUACUUUGAUACUGAUGUCAAUAAUACCAUUACGCGAACCCUUUCAUCUCACGCAUUCAAGCGUGAUCACGGUUCACCUCAUGCCUUAGUUGUUCAUUCUAAUUAUAUUGCAGUAGGAAUGUCAAGAGGGACCAUUGUAGUUGUCCCCAGCAAAUAUUCUGCGCAUAAUGUUGACAACAUGGAUUCGAAGAUGCUAAUUCUAGGAUUGCAAGGGGAACGGUCUUAUGCUGCUGUAACUUCUAUGUGCUUUAAUCAGCAAGCGGACCUUCUUUUGGCUGGUUAUGGUGAUGGUCAUAUUACAGUUUGGGAUAUGCAGAAGGCAUCCGUGGCAAAAGUUAUUACUGGAGAACAUACAGCACCAGUAGUACAUACAUUGUUUCUAGGACAAGAUUCUCAGGUUACGCGUCAAUUCAAGGCAGUAACUGGCGACUGUAAAGGUCUGGUUCUGUUGCAUUCUAUCUCGGUGGUUCCCUUGCUUAAUAGGUUCUCGAUCAAAACACAGUGCCUUCUUGAUGGACAAAGAACGGGCACAGUGCUAUCGGCUUCCCCACUCCUUUUUGACGAAUUUAGUGGAGGUGCUUCUCUUUCUUCUCAAGGAAGUGCCAUGGGUUCAGCUAGCAGCAUUGGAGGCAUGAUGGGGGGUGUAGUAGGGGGAGAAGCAGGUUGGAAACUCUUUAACGAAGGUUCUUCUUUGGUUGAAGAAGGUGUUGUCGUAUUUGCCACACAGCAACAUGUUCUGGUGGUGAGACUUACACCAACUUUGGAAGUCUAUUCACAAUUUCCUAAACCAAAUGGGAUUCGGGAUGGUUCCAUUCCCUACACUGCUUGGAAAUGCACAACAGAAUCUCAAAGUUUGCCUACUGAAAAUAUGCCUACUGAAGCUUUGGAGAAAGUUUCUCUGCUCGCAGUUGCUUGGGAUCGGAAAGUCCAGGUAGCAAAGUUGGUCAAAUCAGAGCUAAAAAUGUAUGGCAAAUGGUCUCUUGACAGUGCAGCCAUAGGUGUGGCUUGGUUGGAUGAUCAGAUGCUGGUGGUUCUGACAGUUACUGGUCAACUGUGCUUGUUUGCAAAGGAUGGUACUCUAAUUCACCAAACAAGUUUUGCUGUAGAUGGUUCUGUAGGGGAUGAUCUUGUUGCUUAUCACACUCACUUUAUUAAUAUGUAUGGAAACCCUGAAAAAGCUUAUCACAAUUGCUUAGCCAAAAGGGGAGCUUCUAUAUAUAUUCUUGGACCAAUGCAUCUUAUUGUGUCCCGCCUUCUCCCUUGGAAGGAAAGGAUUCAAGUUUUACGGAGAGCGGGUGAUUGGAUGGGUGCCUUGAACAUGGCAAUGACGAUUUAUGAUGGCCAAGCUCAUGGCGUUAUUGACCUUCCUAGAACCUUAGAUGCUGUACAAGAAGCCAUCAUGCCCUAUCUGGUUGAGUUGCUUCUCUCAUAUGUGGAGGAAGUAUUUUCCUACAUUUCAGUGGCAUUCUGCAAUCAAAUAGGAAAAAAGGAUCAACUGGAUGAUCCAAUCAGAAAUAACACUUCUGUGCACAGUGAAAUAAAAGAACAAUACACCCGUGUUGGUGGGGUUGCAGUUGAAUUUUGUGUCCAUAUUAAAAGAACUGAUAUUCUUUUUGAUGAAAUUUUUCCCAAGUUUGUUGCUGUUGAACAAAGAGACACAUUUUUGGAGUUGUUGGAGCCAUAUAUAUUGAGAGACAUGCUUGGUUCUUUACCUCCAGAGAUCAUGCAAGCACUGGUAGAGCACUAUAGCUGCAAAGGAUGGUUACAACGAGUUGAGCAAUGUGUCCUUCACAUGGAUAUUUCUUCCUUGGAUUUCGACCAGGUUGUCAGGUUAUGCCGGGAGCAUGGUUUAUAUGGUGCCCUGGUGUAUCUCUUUAAUAAAGGAUUAGAUGAUUUCAGGGCACCUCUGGAGGAACUCUUGGUAGUCUUAAGAAAUAGUCAAAGUGAAAAUGCUGCUGCCAUUGGGUACAGGAUGCUAGUUUAUCUGAAGUACUGCUUUUCAGGCCUUGCUUUUCCACCAGGACAAGGAACACUUUCUCCUUCACGUUUACCAUCUCUUAGAAGAGAACUUAUGCAGUGUUUGUUGGAGGAUUCAAAUGCCCUUAAUUCAACAGCAGUUUCAACUUUGUCACUUAGAGCACCAUAUCUGAACCUGUAUUCUCUCUUAGAGUUAGAUACUGAGGCCACUUUAAAUGUGCUGAGAUGUGCUUUUAAAGAACUUGAAAUUCCACAGCCGGAAAAUUCUACUCAUGAUGUGGAAGUGAAAGAAGGAUACAAUUCAAUGACUCACAGUCAGAAGCUAUUGGUUCAAAAUACAGUAGAUGCUCUCAUUCAGAUUAUUGAUAAGGACAUUUCCCAAGCAGAUAGGAUUUCUACUAGUGAUGACAGGGGAUCAGUGGAAAAGUGGCCAUCAAAGACAGAAAUAGGUCAUUUAUUUGAGUUUAUUGCAUACUAUGUUGCAUGUGGAAAAGCUAACAUCUCAAAAAGUGUCCUGGGCCAGAUUUUGGAGUACUUGACAACAGAGAAUAAUUUUCCACCAAAUGAUUCUGUACAUAUCAUGACCUCCAAGGAAAGAGAGAAGCAGGUGCUUGCCCUUCUGGAGGAAGUGCCUGAGACUGACUGGGAUGCAUCUCAUGUGUUACACCUAUGUGAAAAGGCAGGAUUUUACCAGGUUUGUGGCCUGAUCCAUACCAUUAGAAACCAAUAUCUUGCUGCUUUGGAUAGCUACAUGAAAGAUGUAGAUGAACCAGUGCAAGCCUUCUCCUUUAUCAACAAAACAUUAUUAGAGCUGAGUGACGAUGAAUAUCCUGCUUUUCGAAAAGCAGUAAUUUCUCGAAUUCCAGAGCUGGUUGACUUGAACAGAGAAGGCGCUUUUUUCUUGGUUGUUGACCAUUUAAGUAAUGAAAGUUCACAUAUUUUGUCUGAACUUCGCUCUCAUCCAAGAAGUCUUUUCCUAUAUCUGAAAACAGCAAUUGAGGUUCACUUAUCUGGCACACUCAACUUUUAUAAUUUGGAAAAGGUUAAUAUAGAGAGCGUGAAGAAUAAAUCGAAAGGACUUGAAGCUUACUUGGAAAGAAUCUCUGAUUUCCCAAGGUUUCUGCGUAAUAAUCCUGUACAAGUGACCGAUGAUAUGAUUGAACUUUAUCUAGAGCUACUAUGUCAAUAUGAACGCAGUUCAGUUCUCAAAUUCCUAGAGACUUUUGAUAGCUAUCGUGUGGAACAUUGUUUACGACUUUGCCAGGAAUAUGGGAUUGUAGAUGCUGCCUCAUUCUUAUUGGAAAGGGUUGGUGAUGUUGGUAGUGCUCUUUUACUUACACUUUCCAGCCUCAAUGACAAGUUUAUCAAGCUUGAUACUGCUGUGGAAAGUAUAGUUCCCAAUGCGACCUCACGCAAUUUUGCUGCUACGAAGAGUUUUAGCGCUGUUAGUAAAUUGGAGGAGGCCAAUGAAAUAGGCAAUAUAUUGCAAGCGUGCAUUGGAUUAUGCCAACGGAAUACCCCUCGUUUGAAUCCUGAGGAGUCGGAGGCUCUAUGGUUCAGAUUACUAGACUCGUUUUGUGUGCCUUUGAUUGAUUCAUAUAGGGAUGGAACAGUAUCUGAAGAAGGAAAUCCUAAUGGAAUUUUAGCUGGAGCAUCGCACAUGGAAGAAGAUGAGGAAGAGCCCAUAAUUAAGUGGAGAAUUUCAAAAUCCCACAAAGGUGCUCAUUUAUUGAAAAAAUUAUUCUCUUUGUUCAUCAAGGAGAUUGUUGAAGGCAUGAUAGGAUAUGUUCGCCUUCCGACCAUCAUGUCCAAACUCCUCUCUGAUAAUGGUAGCUCGGAAUUUGGUGACUUUAAACUCACAAUACUGGGAAUGCUUGGAACAUAUGGUUUUGAAAGAAGAAUUCUGGAUACUGCAAAAUCCUUGAUAGAGGAUGACACAUUCUACACUAUGAGCUUACUAAAGAAGGGUGCCUCUCAUGGGUAUGCCCCCCGUGGUCAAAUCUGUUGUAUAUGUAAUUGCCCUUUUGCCAAGAACUCUUCUAACUCGGGCAUUCGAGUUUUCAAUUGUGGUCAUGCAACUCAUCUCGAAUGUGAAAUUCUGGAGAAUGGCACAUCAAGUAGUGGAUCCUCUUCAGGAUGUCCUGUUUGUAUGCCUAACAAGAAAUUGCAGAGGUCUAGGAAUAAAUCAAUACUUGCAGAGAAUGGUUUAGUAAAAAAAGUUCCAAUAAAAGCCCAAUCGGUACAUGGAACAACUGUUCACCUUCAUGAAAAUGAUGCAUUUGAAAAUGCCUAUGCGCACCAACAAAUAUCACGGUUUGAGAUCUUAAAUAGUUUGCAGAAAGAACCACGGUUAGUGCAGAUAGAAAACAUGCCUCAGUUGAGGCUUGCUCCACCAGCUGUUUAUCAUGAGAAGGUGAGGAGGGGAAGUGAUGUUUUAACAGGAGAAAGUAGCGGCGCUCUGGUGUCAAUAGAGAAACAAAGUAGAAACAAGCAACUCAGGGAGCUUAAAGUAAAAGGCUCAUCUCUUCGAUUUCCUUUGAAAUCCAAUAUAUUUGGCAAGGAGAAGAUCAGCAAGAGGUAGUGUAAUUUUCAUGUACAGAGUAUAGACUAACAAUGCUAUCGGUGCCGUCCAAUAGUUGAGGAUCUACUGUCCAUUUUGCUGAGUUUUGACCCUUUUUUUUUUUUUUUUGGUUUUACAUAAUUUGUAAUUACAUCCAUAGCUGCUGUAUAUUAUUAUUGGAAGUAGUACAGAUUUUGUAUAUGGAAAACAGAGAAAGGCUCUUUUUUGGUUAACUACGAAUAGAAAUCAUUCAUUCA